CGUCACAACAACCGCAACCCGAAUUCUACUUCUAUUUGAACAAGAUGAUUGCCUUCAUUUAUUUUGCAGUCAUUGCGACAUUCCUCACCGGAAACGCGCAAGGAGGCAGUUACCACGGUUUUCAUCUUGGCGAUUUCGAUUCGGGUUUCCACGGCCAUCAUCUCAGCGUCGAUCACCAUGAAAUCCACCAUCAUGAACCAGAAAUACACCACGAAGAGAAAAAAGAAGAAAAACACGAGCCCGAGCCACACAUUGAAGAACAUCACGAGGAAGAAAAGAAAGAAGAAGACGAACAUCAUCCGGGCAAGAACUACCACUACGACUACUCGGUGCACGACCUGCACACGCACGACAUUAAGACCCAAUGGGAGACGAGUGACGGCGACACCGUCAAGGGCGAGUACACCGUUGUUGAACCGGACGGCAGCAGGCGCAUCGUGCAAUACACCGCCGACAAGCACAACGGCUUCAACGCCGUCGUCAAGAACGUCAAGCACGGAUAUUAAUAUUCUUCAAGGAGCCUACUCAACCCCCCAUGACCCUCUCUUCUACACGUAAAUUGAUAGCGGAGAUUAAU